AUGGUGAUGGCCGAGCCCCGGCGGCCCCCGGCGCUGCUGCCCCGCGGGCUCGGCCCCGUCCGGGUCGGUUUCUACGACAUCGAGGGCACGCUGGGCAAGGGCAACUUCGCCGUGGUGAAGCUGGCGAGGCACCGCAUCACCCGCAGCGAGGUAGCAAUAAAAAUCAUUGACAAAUCCCAGCUGGACGCUGUGAACCUGCAGAAGAUCUACAGGGAGGUGCAGAUCAUGAAGAUGCUCGACCACCCGCACAUCAUUAAACUCUACCAGGUGAUGGAGACCAAAAACAUGCUGUACCUGGUGACAGAAUUUGCCAAAAACGGGGAAAUUUUUGAUUACCUGGCUGCCCACGGGCGCCUGAGCGAGCCCGAGGCACGGAGAAAAUUCUGGCAGAUCCUUUCAGCAGUGGAAUAUUGCCACGGCAGGAAAAUCGUGCACAGGGACCUCAAAGCUGAAAACCUCCUGCUGGACAGCAACAUGAACAUCAAAAUAGCAGAUUUUGGCUUUGGGAAUUUCUAUAAGAGUGGGGAGCCUCUGACAACGUGGUGUGGGAGCCCCCCCUAUGCAGCCCCAGAAGUUUUUGAAGGCCAGCAGUACGAGGGACCCCAGCUGGACAUUUGGAGCAUGGGGGUGGUGCUCUACGUGCUGGUGUGUGGAGCUCUGCCCUUUGAUGGACCCACCCUGCCCAUCCUGAGGCAGAGAGUGCUGGAGGGAAGGUUCAGGAUCCCUUAUUUCAUGUCAGAAGAGUGUGAGCACCUGAUCAGGAGAAUGUUGGUCCUGGAUCCAUCCAAACGUUUGAGCAUUGCUCAGAUCAAGGAGCACAAGUGGAUGCUGGUGGAAGUUCCUGCCCAGAGACCAAUUCUUUACCCAGCAGGAGAGGAGAACCAACCCUCCCUGGGCGAGUUCAACGAGCAGGUCCUGAGGCUCAUGCACAGCCUGGGCAUAGACCAGCAGAAAACUCUGGAGUCCCUGCAGAACAAGAGCUACAACCACUUUGCUGCCAUCUAUUACCUGCUGGUGGAGAGGCUCAAGUCCCACAGGAGCAGUUUCCCCGUGGAGCAGCGCGUGGACGCGCGGCAGCGCCGGCCCAGCACCAUUGCUGAGCAGAGCAUGGCCAAGGCACAAGCUGUGGUCCCCUCGGUGAACCUGCAUUCCCAAAAUCCAAGGUUGCUGCAGUCCCCAGGGCUCCCCUCAACCUCAGGAGCUGAAACUUUCUCCUUCCCCUCCUCCAGCUGCCAAGGAGAGGCAGCUUUUAUUGAGGAGGAAAGGGUUGAGACACCAAAGGUGAAUGGCUGCCUGCUGGACCCCGUGCCUCCCGUGCCUCCCGUGGGGAUGAGGAAAGGAAGCCAAUCCCUGCCCUCCAGCAUGAUGGAAACCUCCAUUGACGAAGGGAUCGAGACAGAAGGGGAGGCAGAGGAGGAUCCAGCCCAGGCCUUCGCUGCCCUGCAGGCAGCUCGAGGGGGGAAGAGGAGGCACACCCUGGCUGAGGUCACCAACCAGCUGGUGAUGGUGCCAGGCUCAGGGAAAGUCUAUUCCUUGGAUGAGAACUCCUCUCUGGGCAGCAUCGACUCGGAGUACGGCACGGGCUCCAUCCAGAGGGAUCUGAAAUUCCUGGGAGAGGCUCCUUCCUUGAAGGAAAUGGUGCUGAGCAGCCAGCAGAGCCCAGGGGUGACCUCUCCUUUCCUGGGGCUCAGACCUGCCAACCCAGCCAUGCAGGCCCUGAGCUCCCAAAAACGAGAGGCUCACAACCGCUCCCCCGUCAGCUUCCGCGAGGGCCGCAGAGCCUCCGACACCUCCCUCACCCAAGGAAUUGUAGCAUUUAGGCAGCACCUCCAGAACUUGGCACGAACCAAAGGAAUCCUGGAGCUGAACAAAGUGCAGCUGCUGUAUGAGCAAAUGGGGUCGGAGGAAGAACCGUCUCUGACAUCAGCUGCCACCCAGCUGCAGGACCUCAUCAACAGCCCUGCACAGGAGGAAGGCUCCCAGCAGCAGCAGCAGGGUGCACACCCCCCCUUGUUGUCCCGAAGGCAGAGCCUGGAGACUCAGUACCUGAAACACCGGCUCCAGAAGCCCACUCUGCUCUCCAAAGCUCAGAACACUUGCCAGCUCUACCACAAAGAACUGCCCCGGAGCCUGGAACAGCAGCUCCAGGAGCACAGGCUGCACCAGAAGAGGCUGUUCCUGCAGAAGCAGUCCCAGCUGCAAGCCUACUUUAACCAGAUGCAGAUAGCUGAGAGCUCGUACCCCAGGGCCGGCGCUGUGCCCCAGCCCCAGCCCCAGCCCCCGGCCCAGUUCAGCCCGCAGCAGCCCCUGGGCCCCGAGCUGGAGCCCUCCUCGGGCCAGGGGCACCUGGAGCCUUUCCUCGGGCAUUUGCCCAAGGCGCUGCCCCCCAGCCCAUCCCGGCUGUCCCCCCCGGGGCAGGGCCGGCCAGCGCAGCCCCCGCAGUUCCCCUUCCAGCCUGGUGAACUGCCCGGUGCCGAGCAGCACCAGCUGCCCCAGGGCCCUGGCUCUGCAGGGCUGUCCCAGAGCCAGAGAGGCUCUGCAGAGACUCAGCCCAGCUACAACUCCCUGCCCCUGUCAGAACUGCCGGGACUCUUCGAUUGUGAGAUGAUGGAGGCUGUGGAUCCCCAGCACGGUGGCUACGUCCUGGUGAAUUAACACCCAGGAAGGACAAAUGGAGAAGCAUGUGAAUUUUUUUUUUAAUUUUUUUUUUCCUACCCCUUGCCCCUGCCCCCCUCCACCACCCAGGAAUUCAUGGUAGGUUUUUCGACUCUUGAAUUAAGAGGGGAACUAAUAAUCCACCUGGCUGGAAGAAAUUUGAAAAAUAAUAAGCAGGAGGUUUUUGGCCCCAGUGGCAGGGGCUGGAGAACAGGGAGUGCAGCUUCGUCCCACAAAGUCUGCGUAGAAGGAGGCAAAAAAAGUGAAUUUCACUGGGAGGAAACAGCCCCUUCUAAAAACAGUUGGGGAGUUUGCCAGCAUCCAUCCAUCCAGCAUCCACUUGAGUGAGUGAACACUUCUCGUACUUCUUGGCAAUAAAAGCAAUAGUUUUCAC